CCCUCACACUAAUAUUUCAGAGUAGAACCUUCACUUCACUCUCUUCUUGUUGCAGCAUAAAAUUCCUCUUUUUUUUUUUUAGUUCUUAUUUUCUUCUCUAUUUAUUUUUUGUGUGCAUUUUUUUACCUUGCCAAAAAUGCCUAAGAUGUCUUGUUUCUUGGGACUUUAUGUGUGUCUUUUGUUUAUUGGGUUGGUUGCUUCUUCGAAGUUUGAGGAACUCUUCCAACCCAGUUGGGCUAUGGACCAUUUUGUCCAUGAAGGAGAUUUGCUUAAACUCAAACUUGACAAUUUUUCUGGUGCUGGAUUUGGAUCUAAGAGCAAAUAUAUGUUUGGGAAAGUGACUGUGCAGCUUAAACUUGUGGAGGGUGACUCUGCUGGAACCGUUACUGCUUUCUAUAUGUCAUCAGAAGGGCCAAAUCACAACGAAUUUGAUUUUGAGUUUUUGGGCAAUACUAGUGGUGAACCUUACUCGGUCCAAACUAAUGUGUAUGUGAAUGGAGUUGGUAAUAGGGAGCAGAGACUUAAUCUAUGGUUUGACCCCUCUAAGGACUUCCACACCUACUCUAUCUUCUGGAACCAGCGUCAAGUUGUGUUCCUUGUGGAUGAGACACCAAUAAGGGUACACACAAAUUUGGAACACAAAGGAAUUCCUUUCCCAAAAGACCAAGCAAUGGGUGUAUACAGUUCAAUAUGGAAUGCUGAUGAUUGGGCCACACAAGGUGGUCGUGUGAAAACAGAUUGGAGUCAUGCACCUUUCGUUGCUACAUACAAAAACUUUGAAAUCAAUGCUUGUGAAUGUCCAGUGGCAGUGACAUCAACAAAUAAUGCUAAAAAUUGUAGUAGUAGUGAGGAUAAAAAAUAUUGGUGGGAUGAACCUAUGAUGUCUGAGCUCACCUUGCAUCAAAGCCACCAACUUAUUUGGGUUAGGGCUAAUCAUAUGGUCUAUGAUUAUUGUGCGGACACAGCUAGGUUCCCGGUCAUUCCUGCCGAAUGUGUUCGUCAUCAUCACUAGUCAUAAUUUUGGUGCAUCAAGAUUAGUCUUUUAUGCAUUCAAAAUUAUAUAUAGUUUAAGUGUUCUCUUGUUGGGGAUGGAAGAAUUAUGAACAUGUACUUCAUGUUUAACCUAUUGUAAUAUAUUUAUUUUAUUUAAUUAUUUGGCAUGGAAUUAUGUGAAUUCUUUUA